CGACGUAUCCACCAAUCAGCGGAGAGACACAUUAUAUCUCAUUCGGAUCAUGGUGUUCCUCGCUGUGCUGCUUCUGGCGGCGCUGUUCGUGUCCGUCGAGGCCUCCACGUUCCCCUCGCAAGCCAAAAAUGGUCGACUGUGGCAGCUAGUGCAGGAGGAAAAUCAGUUGCUGUUUAAGACUGAGGCGCAGCAGCUUUGGUUUAACCAAACGGUGGAUCACUUCGCUUCGGACAACACCUCCACGUUCCAGCAGCGUUACUACGAGGUGGACACGUUCUGGAGCAAGCCUCAUGGCCCCGUGAUCCUCUAUAUAGGGGGAGAAGGCGCAAUGGAAAAGGCCCCGGCUGGAUUCGUGCAAGUCAUCGCCCAGACAUUCGGCGCCAAGAUUCUGGCUCUCGAGCAUCGUUUCUACGGCAAAAGUAUUCCGAACGGGGACCUCUCGACGGAAAACUACCGGUACCUGACCGUGCAGCAGGCACUCGCGGAUCUCAAGCACUUCAAGGAGAGUUAUCAGAGCCAGCUUGGAGCGGAGAAUGCCAACCAGUGGAUUGCAAUCGGAGGAUCUUACCCCGGAGCAUUAUCGGCGUGGUUCCGUGUCGCUUACCCGAACACGACAGUCGCGUCGUUGUCGUCGUCGGGGGUGGUGCAACCCGUAUACAAAUUCCACCAAUUCGACGAACAAGUGGCACUGGCUAUGGGUCCGUCGUGUGCGGACGUUUUGCGGCUUACCACUGAAACUUUUGAGAGGGAGCUCAAGAGCACCAAUGCUACCACAGUGAAAGGUCUAUUUGGUGCUCAGGACCUUGCAGAUGCCGACUUCUUCUACAUGAUCGCAGAUGCUGCUGCAAUGGCUGUCCAGUAUGGCCACAAAGACAUUGUGUGUAACAGUAUGGUAGGCGCUUUCGAGCGCAACAACUCACUCGUCGAUUCCUUCGCCAGCUUCACGAUAGAUAUGUACGGAUCUUCUUUUGGCAGUGAGUGCUUCUACGAUACAAAAUGCCUGGCCGAAGAUCGUGCUCGCUGGGGGGACGGACGCUCGUGGCGCUGGCAGAAAUGCUCCCAACUCGCAUACUUCCAAGUCGCCCCCAAAGAGAAGAGUCUGCGCUCAGCGAUGGUGGAUCUGGAGUACCAUCUAAAGCAGUGCCAAGCAGUAUUCGGCGACGUAGUGCACCCGUCCAAGGGCGUAGAUGAGAUCACGAAGCUGUACGGAGGAGACCACCCGAACGGCCACAAGAUCUUCUUCUCGAACGGUGGUGACGAUCCCUGGCAACGUGCAUCGGUGCUUGACACUCUAUCGGAUGACCAGAUUGCCAAUCUGGCGAAGUGUGAGUUAUGUGGCCACUGCGGCGACUUGGGCGCCAACCCAAACGUACCGGAGCCAUUGAAGAAGCAACGCGAGCAGAUCCUCGAGUAUCUAACCAAGUGGCUGGGUGAGUCUGAUGAAAUCGUGGAGAAUAUCGCACAUGAAUCAGUCGCUAUUCCUCAAGAGGAGGACAAUAACGAGCAGGAAAUGGCGGGGCUGCAACUUGCUGGACUACACCGAUCGUCGCCAUUGGUCCUCAUUCCUAUCGUUGUCGCGUUCCUUGCGUUGGUGGGAAUCUUGCAUGCCGACGUUGUCCGUGACGCUCCGGGAGGGAUGGAGAUGAUUCGAUACAGACUUGCACACACGCACGAGUUUUAAACAUUGAAACAGAUUAAAAAAAAACGACAUCGCCAGGAAGAGUAGAAGCCUUGACGUUAAUGUAUCUUGAACUUUUUUUUUCAUUUUCUUGCAAUGAACAAGCAAAAGUUCAUUCUAAAAAGCC